CCCUGCAUCCCAACACUCAGCAAGGGUUAGAUUCCAGCUGUGGGGAAUGUGGAUGUUGGCUGCCACAGCAGAGAGGGGAAACUCAGGAGCAUCUCCAGGAUAUCCUAGGUUGUCUCCCUCUGUUUCUACACUUCAUAUUCAGUUGCUUUCAGAAGCACAAAGCCCGAGGCAGCAGUCACAGAGUUUGUGCUGUGCUCAGGUUUCGAUUUCGGUUUUCCAACCCUCUCACAAUCACAGGAAGUAACAAAGCUCAGCUUGGGUCCAGCUCGUCCCAGCCCUGCGCCAUUUGCCACAGCCCUUGUUGGAGGUGCCAGCAGCGCAGCUCCGGCCCCGGCCCCGGCCCCAGCUCCGGCCCCGGCUCCGGCCCCAGCCCCGGCCCCGGCUCCGGCCCCAGCCCCGGCCCCGGCUCCGGCCCAGGGAUAUCUCUUUUCGCCAUUCUGCGAUGUCGGGACAUUCUGUAAGCAGGAUCUUGGUGAGCCAGCAUGAGACAGUGACGUUUGUGCUGCACAAGAGCAUCCCUGAUCAUGAAGAGGUCUUUGAGAACGUGCCAGAGGGAGAAAUACAGCCUGGGGACAUCCUGCUCUUCCCCACGGAGGACUCUGGCUCCCUCUUCAAGCACGCAGCUGUGUACCUUGGGGACACAGAGGUCAUACACUUCCAGGGGGUUGCUGGUGAGGAGAACACUGGUCAGAUCAGCAAGGAGGGCUUCCAGGCCAUGAAGAAGGUGAGAGGGAAGUGCCAGGUUUACCGGAAAAGAGGUGGGAUCAAGGUCAAUGAAUUCCGGAUGAAAGUGCGGGAGGUGAUGAACAGCACAGGCAGCUAUUACCCAGGCAGCAACAACUGCAUCCACUUUGCCCUCUGGCUCCUGGACUUGACAGACUUCUGCGAGCAACUGGUGGAAAUCAGAAAGGAGGACAGCAAAGAUGAGGCAGGGAGUAUCCCCACUGCCAGCACUUCCUGGUGGAAAUCUCAAAUUAGCAUGGAAAAGAUAAGGCAGAGAUUAUCCCCACUGUCAAGCCUCCCUGGCAGAGCUCUGGGAAGCCUGCAGGGACAUUCCUGGGCUUGGAAGCCACCUACAGAAAACUGGAGGAAAUCUCAGAUGAAGGAGACAGAAGGAGGCCACCAGGCACUCCAUGAUGUGAAGGACCUGGCAAGAGCCACAUCAGCUUGAGGAUGACAAGCCCUGACCCACACAGGAGCCUCAGCAUUGCCUCAUGCACCCCAGCGCCUCAUCCCAGGGAAGGACCUCUGCUGCGGAGGAGCUGUUCCCUUCUGCUUGCUGGAGCUUCAUUGCCAGGCAUGAAUUAGGUGCUUCAGGAAGGCUGCCUCCAUUAAAUGUCCCCAUUCCCUCCAGCAACAUCUCCAAUGACAAUAAAGCAGAGAGCACAACAGUGCAGAAGGUGCCUGUGGGUGUCCCACAGCAGACCACGCGUCCCCAUGCAGCUGUGGUGGGCUGCCCUUGGGCUGCUGCCAGGAGCCCACCCAGCUGCCCCAGCCCUGCCCUCCUGUGAGAAAUAUAUGUUUGAUCCGAUCAAUUCGUGGCAAGAGGCCACAGGCAGGGAGGAGGGGGAUUUUGAAUGGAGCUGCACUCCUCCUUGCACCACCAUCACAAAAGCAUACACUUGGCUUAAGAUAACAGAGCAAUAAAUAAUUAGAAACCAGAAAGGUUGGUGGAGGAGGGAGGCAGGUGGAAGAGGAAGCCUUUGCACACGAGCAAAGACAGGAAGAGCCAUACAAAGGACACUGCUAGUUUGGAGUUCAUGGAAAGGACACUUGAGGAAGACCCCUUACUUCAUCACUGAAGAACACAAGAGGGACCACUGGAUAAAAAGAGACAUGCGUGGAAGAGACACCUCCCAUUCUUGGGACUGAUCAGGAAAAACAAACCUUGUCUUAGAAUUAGUACUGAGUCUGUAAUAGAAUUGGACCCAAAAGGAGAAGACUGAAAACAAAGGCUGUGCGUUAGGGCAGAGCAGAGCCUCCUGGUGCACCCAGCCCUGUGUACUGUUGAUUCCUGUGACUCUAUUAAAAGCCUUAUUCUGCAUGAACAUAA